AGAAGCCAGAACUUGACAAGCCAACAGAGGAAAAUAAAUACCCGACCUGCCAGUUAUCGCAGCCGCAGAGAGCAACAACCUUGAAUUGAAAUUUUUGCAAUUUGUGAAUUCUUCCACUGAGCUCGCGGAGUCAGCGAAAUUUCAAGUUUUGUUCUAACUGUGGUGGGAGCGAAGAGAGAAAAGUGCCACGGAGCGCAAGCACACUGAGAAUAAAACGUUCUGUUAGUAAUCAUUCGCAAAGGAGAUCCCUGAGAAAAAUCCACGGCUAAACCGGAAAGAUAUGCAAAUAUGGACUUCCACAUACUGAUCGUCAUCGGUUGUGUGGUCAGCGCCUCGCUGCUCUCGUUCCUGUUCAUCAACAAGAUCUUCCGGCGCAAGACUUUUGAGGAGGUGGUAGCCGAGAAGCGUGCCCUGAGCGCCAAUCUCUACAAGGCGGCCGGUGGUGCCGCUACCAAGAAGCCCAAGAAGAAGGAACUUAAGCGCGAAAAGAAGCAACGUCAGCGGGAACAGCAGAGGGAUGUGAACAACGAGCCGGAACCAGAGGAAGCCGAAGACUACUCCGAUGGUCAGUCGGAGGGUCAGGGCUCCGUGGCUGGCGAGGAACCCGGUCUCUCCAAGCAGCAUGUUGAAUUUGAACCCGAUGCAGAGGUCCUCACUGAUCAGCGACGACCCAGUAGCGUGGCUGAGAAGGAGAACCAACCUUCUGGGGCUGGCAAAAAGGGAAAGAAGGAUAAACGUAACGGAGCCAACAACAAGACAGCCGGAAUCCUGGUCAACAAGAACGAAACUGUUGCUGUUAAGCCUGCAGCUAACGCCGAGGAGACACCAACUUUGAAUAAUUUUGAAACCAAGAUCCCCAAGGAUGUGGUGGAGCUGAAGAAGCAAGAGCAAAAGGAACGCAAAGAAGACAACAACAACAAGCAGCAAAGUCAGAAAAAGAUCGCCGGAGGCAAUGUGUCCAAGAAGGAGAAGGUCGUAGCUGUCGAAACAGAGGCACCCGUAGUGACCAAGCAGAUCCUCAAGCAACAGCAGCAGCAGCAGAAUGGCUCACCCAAAACGCAACACAACCAGGCCAACAACAAAACCAAGCAGCAGCAGCAAAACAAGAAACAGAAUCAAAAGGAAACCCUAACGGGUAAGGAUUUGGCUCAUGCUUUGGAUAAACUGGCCGAUCACCAGAACCAGACCAUUGGUGUCAACGCUCUGAUGAACGUAUUUUCUCGUGCCGAGCUAAAUCGCUCAGAGAUUCAGAUACUCAUCGACUAUCUGCUAAACAAGCAACAGGAUAUGCCCGCUUCGCACUCUGAGUGGUCGGAUGACAUCUGCCAGAAACUCAAGCGUCAGCUGGAAGAGAAGGAAAAGCUGUUGGCCGAGGAGCAGGAGGCCUCCAUCGGAAUUCAGGCUAAGCUUCGCGAACUACGCCAAGAGGUUAACACAGAACGCGCCCAGAUGCAUGCCCGAAACCAGGCUUAUAUCGAUAAGUUGCAAGGCAAGGAGCAGGAGCUAGCCGCCCUCAACCAGGAGCUGUCCAGUCUGAAUGACAAGUUGACGCUUGAGCGUCAACAGCUUACGACCCUUCGGAGGGAGAAGCAAGCCAAUUCGCAGGAUCUGGUUCAGUUGCAACAUUUGCAACAGGAUCUCGCACACAAGGAAAAGUGCCUGGCGGAAAUGACCGCAUUCGUUAAUGCAGAGACCCAGCAGAAGAACGAGGUGAUUCAGCAGCAGGCUCAGCAGCUGCAAGCCCUGGAGCUGCAACGCGAAGAGCUGGAAGCGCGCCAGAACAAUAGCAUCUUUGAGCUAGAGCAGCGCAAGCAGCUGGAGGCGGAGAACGCCGACCUCAAGCAGGAGCUGAGCGCUGUUCAACAGACUCAGUCGGAGCUGCAGCGCGUCCACGCCGCCGAGUUGCAGGAGCUGCGACAGAACUUGUCCGUCCUAGAGGCUCGCAACGUUGCGCUCAGCCAACAGCUCACCCAAGCCGCCAACAGCGCGGUUCAGGCCACCGCCGCCCAGUCGGAGCAGGCCCAGGUUCAGACCGAAGCGCUGGCCCAGAAGCAGCAGGAGCUGAGUGCUCUUCGCUCGCAGGUCGGCUCGCUGACGGAUGCCCACGCCCAGCAGCAGAAGCAAGCCAACGCUCUGCAGUCGCAGCUCCAGGAGGCUCAACAGCGGGCCGAGCAGCUGCAGGCUAAGGAGCAACAUCUGCAACAGGAGCUCCAGGAGCAGCGGGAGAAAAAUAAUCAACAACACAAAGAGCUGCAGCUGCAGCAACAGAAGGCAGUGGCCGCCAAUGGCGGGGGUAGUGCCAGUUCAGCCAAGAGCGAGCAGCAGAGGAUCCGGGAUCUCUACCAGCGCCUUUAUCCCGACGCUGUGAAAGCGCAGUCGGGAAAUGCCCUGCAAGCAUCCUUUGACCAGUGGCUGGAACAGGUCCUGGCCACCCAUGUCAAGCAGCAACAGGAUAAGCUGCGGCAGAAGCUCGACGCGGAGAAGUCCGAGAAGCAGAGCAGCAGUAGUCAUAAGUCCACACAAUCAAGCAACAGUAGCAGUAGCAACCACAAUAGCACCCACAACAAUAUUAGUAGCAAUAAUAGUAGUUCGAAUAGCCAAUCCUCCUCCGCCGCCGAGCAGCAGGAGCUGCACAAACAGAACCUGCAGCUGCGGGAGUGCAACGACAAGCUCACCCAGCUGGUCACCAAGACGACAAACACAUUGAUGGACUUGGAAGAGCGUGCUCGUGAGCAGGACGAGCACUGGCGUGGCAUCGUCGAGCAGAAGGAGCAGCUGAUCCUAACCCUGCAGCAGCAUGCCUCAAACGGAGAAUAGGACAUUUAAUGUCGAAACAGAUGCGGAAAGGGAAGAGGAGGCCAACAACGACGAUAAACUGACAAGCAACCGCAGAGUUUGUCCAACUUCCAAAAGAACAGCAACAGUAAAAAAGAAACAACUCUAACAAUCUAUUAAGUUUAAAGUUAAUGUAACAAAAAAAAAAGGCGAGAAAAAAGUAAACCUAAAGCAUGCCCCACAACAGCAACAUUUAACAUUUUAUAGUAGCGAGAACCAACAAUUAUGAGAAUGAAGAACUAUGGAACGCUUUAAGAAAUUAUAUACACAUAACUAAAGCAAGAUAAUGAUAACAAUCGAAACUUGUGCAAUGUUAAACGAGAAGAGAAGAAAUGCUAGCAAAGGAAAAGUCCGACUCUGAUUACAGAAACAGGCAAUUUCCACCCAAGCCCUCCCAAUAAAAAGCAAACCAACCCGGAAAAACCGCGAAAAAUCCAUUGCUGCUGCUACUUUCUAAUUAUUAUUUAACACAUACUUUGCAUGCGAUUAUUAUUUUUGUGUUACACUUGCAUUUAAAAACGCGCUUUAAACAAUUGUAUAUGUAUCUUAUGUUAAGCAAAUGAAUUUAAAACCCAGCUACUUAAAAUGCAAAUCCACAAAAAAAUAAACAAAAUAAUAGUAUGAAUGUACGUAUGCUCUUGUACUUGGGCCAUUGUGAAUUUUGUAUGUUUUCCAUUCAUGUUUUCUGUUUUUGUGUUAACUUUUAAUUUUCCGCCGCCAGGCAGCGCAAAGUAUUUAAUCCCAGGAAGAGCAAAUGGCAGCAGCAACAUUUAAUUAAGCGUAAAUAAACAAGAAAACAACUAUUUUUAUAUAAAACUGAAUGAGAACCUAUCUUAUAAGUAAACGCAAAUUAAACACGAAUGCUAACUAGCAAUCUAUUGUCGGAACCUGUUGCAUGCGACAUACUGAAAAAUUAGGAAAACCAACAAAUUCAAGCCCAUCAGCAACCACAACAAACAAAAGAACGAGCUAUAACAGCAUUAUAAGGAUUUAUGAUGUUUAAUUUACGAUAAAAUGAGAAUUAAAUAUAUACACACACAUAUGAGAAAGACAUUUGACCUUUGACAUUUCACU